UGUAAAUCUGAAGAAUGUUCCUCUUGUUCCCAAUUUAUUUAUCCCAUUUCCAUUUGCUUCGGAAGGACAAGUGGCACAAUUAGAACAUAGUGCACCAAAUGUGAUGAGGAUGCGCUGUGCACGCUGCUGUCUGAAGGACAGGCCAUUAUGGAAAUAUGUGCAUAUCCUGCAGUGUUUAGCAGUUGUACAUGUAAGUACACGACACAUCAUGUGAUUUCCUUUGGAGUUUCAGAUUUUGACAUGUUUAUUGUCCUCCGGCAGCUCAGGCGUGGUUUCCCUCUGAUAUCUCAUCUGGUGGCUGCUGUUGGGACAGGCUGUGUGUGAACAUUUCUGUAGCAGCUGAGGACGAAUCGAGGGAACGACUGAGGAAUAUGAAGGACAGGAGCAAUGUUUUGCUUGCGUGGAGAGUGAGCGGGGUGAUUGUGCUGCUGGUGUGCUCAGCAGGUCUGGUGUUCUUGUUGCUUCAGCACAGGCAGCUGAGAGAGGAGCUGGUCAGGUUGGACUUCCAGAUGCAGGAGUUAUUGCAGAACUGCAAGCUUCAGACAGGUGUCCUGACCCCUGACCCCGGACAGGCUGCAGAGCUGAAAAUGGUCCAACGCAGCAAAAGGAGUCAGGAGGGAGACGUGGCCCAAGUAGAAGAGGACAUGAUGAUGAUGAUGACUUACUCCCUGGUCCCUGUGAAAGUCUUUGUAGAUCUGUGUAAUAGCUCCAGGGGAAUUUGUUUAAGAGGCCCACCUGGUCCUCCAGGCUUGCCUGGUGAAAAGGGGUUACCAGGACCACAGGGUCCACCUGGAGUGGAGGGGAGACGAGGAAGGAGAGGACAUUCUGGUGAAAAAGGAGAGCCAGGUCCUAAAGGAGACCCCGGUCCUCCAGGAGUGAAAUGCAAGGUCUGCAAUGACACACUGUUCGAUGGUCCCACUGAACCACGAGAUCCACCUGGUCCUGCAGUCCCACCUGGUCCACCUUCAUCUGCUCGGCCCCUUGAAAAUAUGAGAAGCAAGACUGACAAAGCACCAAUCAAUGAAACAUUCAUGUCGACGGAUUCAUCUCCUCCUUUCCUGAUGCGGGAGGUCAUUGAUGAAACCAACACAGAGAGCAGCUCACCGGCUCACAGCACUGACUCUCCAUCACCACAUCCAACCCAAAGCAUCAGAGAUAUCUCAAAUGUUACUCACUCCAAGAAACUUGUUGACACAAACACUGAAUCUGAACUCCCAACACCACAUCCGUUUAAUGACACCAAAGAGAUCUUUAAUUUCACUGAUUAUAAGAAACUUCAGGAUGCACAUGUGGAAUCUGACUCUUCAUACCCGCUACAGAACAGUGAAAUUGCAAAAGUUACAGCUAAUGAGCGGUGGACUAAAACUGAAUGCCUUCUUAAAGCCAUAGUGUGCUCAGAGAAUGUCACUAAAAUGCAAAGCACGUUUGGCGCCUGGAUGUCGGAUGCAUCUCAACUGGAUGAAAGUCUGUUUUGGCUGACAGAACAUUUUUCAGGUCGAGUUAUUGCUGAAUACAGGAACAUUUCAGCAAUUCAGGAUCCAAGCAGUAAGAUUAUAGACAUCCAGAGGUUCUAUCAGGGUUGUGGUCACGUCAUUUACAACAAUUCGUUUUACUUCCACAAUGCAGGAACAAACAAACUGACAAAAUUCGACCUGGACACCAGAAGAACAACAACACUGACAAUUGAAAAUGCCAGAUACAAAAACCUGACUUAUCUUUUCCGGAACUCAAAGACAUACUUUAAGUUUGCUGUGGAUGAAAACGGACUGUGGGUCAUCUUUGGCUCAGACACAGAUGAUAAUACGAUGGUUGCACAGAUGGACCCCGAGACGUUCUCCGUUGAGUCUGUCAUUAACACAGCCUACCCCACAGUUAAAGCAGGAAAUGCUUUCAUCAUAUGUGGGGUGCUCUACGUCACAGACAUCACUGACAAAAAAAUUACAUAUGCAUUUGAUUUAAAGAAAGAGAGUCCACUUGAUACGAGUGUGGAUUUAAGACCUGCUGAUGGCAUUCUGGCUAUGCUGUCAUAUUAUCCAAAUACACAGCGUUUGUAUUUGUGGAACAACAGCAGUGUGACAACAUGUAAAGUUACAGUGGAAUGAUGAUAAUCACAGGGCCUGCAAAGGGAAUAAUAAAUGGACUAAAGUCUGUUGAUUUUGCUUAAAAAUGACAGUCCUGUACACACAAUACAGUAUAUUGAUUGAUCUUAUGUAAAACGGUCUCUCUCUCUUUUAACUCUAGAUGAAUGUAUUGUGUUUACUGCCCUUUAUAUUGUGUACAGUGAUUCACCAAAAAUGUAAAUGCAACACUUGGACUGGACGCAAUGAGAAGUAACUCUAAAAAGUGGCGUUUUAUCACACAACACAAUGCAACAGAUGUCACAAAUUUUGAGGGAGCAUGCAACAAGCACGCUGAGUUCAGGAAUGUCCGCCAAUGCAAUUAAUUUUAUUUUAUUAAUUUAAUUUAUAUAGCACUAAAUCACAACAAAGUUGCCUCAAGGCGCUUCACACAAGUUGCCCAUGAACUGAUGGUUCAUUUCACCAUCAGGUUGGAAAUGCCUGCAAUGUCAUUUUCAACCAAUCUCACAACUACACACCAUGUGUAACCAUGUCAGCUGAGGACUACCACGCCCAGCUUCUUCACCAAAUUAUGUUUUGAUGCACUUUUUAGGGCCCUUUCACACAUGGUGCAUGAAGGAGGAAUCGUAUGCCAUUCGUGAAAAAUCGGAGCCGCCUCUAACGCCUCGUACACCCAUCGCCACAACCAUUCGUGUACACCAGCAGCCGAAAGACAGAGAGCCCUGCGAGUGCUCAUUCGAUCCCUCUCUCGGCAGGUGCCACACAUGAACAUCCAAUACGACUCGCGGAGGACUUAGAAAAUGUGGGGCCAUUCGCAGAGCCACAAAAAUAGAGAGUAGAGGAACACUUUCGAGCUGCCUGUGAAAAAUUGUCUAACUGCCCCUCGAGUGUGGCAUUGCCAAGCAACACACAUGUGGCGUGUCAGUGUUGACUCCCCCCUCAACACAUGUGGUGUGCGUAACGUGCGUGUGUGUGUCGCACCCCUCCCAACACGUGUGGCGUGCGUGUGUUGCCCCCCCCCCCCACAACAUAUGUGGCGUGCGGGGGGGGGGGGCACACUUGCAUGAAAUGCUGAUAUACAGACAUUAUCACAUGGGGACCGGCACAGCCACAUCUGAGCGCAAAUGGCACAUCAAGGCCAUUCUCAGCUGAUCGUCACCCAGUCACACACUGACAACUGGAAAUGCACACGAUGUGUUACAUUAAAAACAUAGAGACCACAGCCAGGACAGGUAUAUAAAUAAUUAUUACAAUAACUACAUACACAAUUACAGGACAAAUAACUAAAUUAAUUAAUCACAGAACACAGAAACAGAGAGUGACACUUUGUACUGUGUGCUGAACGAACAGGUGGGUGUGUCUGCAAACAGCAGCAGCUGUUGAAAUCUCUGGACCAGCAAGUCACAGCUGAAGAACACGACCGUAUUAUGAAGGACAUGACCUUACAACUCUACACCAUGAGGCGCAUGCGUGUGCUUGCUGGCCUCAUGUGGAAAUACAUAAAAACAUAUAUCGCCUAUGCCACAGGCUGGAGCGACCACUCAGCACGCACACCAGCAGGCUGCUCCAUGUGAAAAGAACCGUAUGAUCAUGUGAACACUCAGCUGGCGAUCUGAAUGUCAUGUCACCCACAUGAACUCUGGUCCACAUGACGCGGUGUCUCUCCUUCGGCCACACUCGAUGGACAUGCGUGCCGCUCACUAGACACACACGUAGGGCCGGCUGGACACACCAGGCCAGCAGAUGUGGACAUGAUGGGAGCGCACUGCUUCAUUCAUGUCAUUUCAUGUCUUCAUGUCUAUGACCAUAGGUCAUCUACAGAAGAACAGAAGGUUCAUACUUGUAUUGUCAGCUCAAUAAGAGGAAUUCAGUAAACUGCUGUGUUUUUUUAUGGUGUGUGGUUUUUAUUUUUUUCUCCACAGCAGUGGCCUGUUGGGGUGCAACACAUUCUAGAUGCUCGCACUGUGUUCAUGCACGAAACCGUCGCCGCUGUAUUGUGCAUGCCUGUUCGAUUGUGUGUCCCUCCCAACAGCAGGUGGAAUGUUUUGCGGUUCCCCAUUUCGUUUUUUGUUCACCGAUUUUCUUCUGGUUUCUGCUUCUUUCGACCAACAUCAUGUUAUGUGUGAAGGGGCCUUUAAUUGUUAUGCUUAGGGGUUCGGGUCGAACCGAACCGUUUCAGACUAUGGGCCCACAUGCAGGGAGCUGGACACGGAGAGGAGUUCAAAAGGAAAAAUAUAUUUAUUUACAAUAAAUGAAUGAAAUGCUGUGCUGGGAUGCCUGCAGUAUAGAGAGUGGCCCACCUCCUGGUGGUGAAAUAAGGGAGCUGCAGUUUCCCAAGCCAGUCUUGAUAGACCGGGAGCUGAGAUAGCCUACCAUGCAGCGCCCCCCCCCGCCGCAACAAAAUGCCACUUGAUUUUUUUCAACCUCUAUAAUGUCCUUAUUGGAAAAUACUUACAGGAAAAUAACUCAUUCCCGAUGUACCUUUUGGCGCAAUAGUCACCUAAAGAUUAAAAGCUACUCAAGUGCUGUACGUGGGCUGAAUUUUUGCAGUUUUUAAGCUUCUUUAAAUACCUAUACAUAUAUCAACCAUAUCCAUCUAUAUAUUUCUAAAAAGCCCAUUUUCUCUACUUUAAUAUGAUACCCAUCUCAUUUAGGUAACAUAAAAUGGCACUUCUCUAUAUGGCUUACAGUACAACCAUAUACACAACCCUUACCUGGACCAAAAAAUGUCCAAAAAUUUUAUGAGUAGUUUUUUGUAAUAAAAACUGAAGUAUCCGGGCCUAGAUUAAGCACUAAUAUUACAACUAUAAAUCAUUAGCUUUCAUUUGAGACCAAAACUAUGGUGAAAGGCAAAGUAUUGACUGAAUGACGAACUACUGACUUGGAUGCUAUUUGCCUUGUGUUGAACACAUUCAUGGCACAUAUUAUAUACAGUGAAAUUUACUAAGAAAAUGCAUUUACCUUCUCUGUGAUAUGUCCAAAGCUAUAAAGUUUUGCAAUGUUUUACUCAUAGACAAUUCUAGAAUGAUGAUACAAUAUAGAUACAACCUCAAUUCCAAUGAAGUUGGGACGAUGUGUAAAAUGUAAAUAAAAAUGGAAUACAAUGAUUUGCAAAUCCUCUUCAACCUAUAUUCAAUUGAAUAC